AUGUCUCAAAGUGCUGUGGCUGAUGAGGAAGUGCCCAACAGGGCUUAUGUGACCUUCUUGGCUGGCAAUGGAGAUUAUGUGAAGGGUGUGGUGGGUUUAGUCAAGGGUUUGAGGAAAGCGGGAUCCGUUUACCCUUUGGUUGUGGCCAUCCUGCCAGAUGUGCCCAAAGAGCACCGGGAUAUUCUUGAAUCUCAGGGCUGUAUUGUCCGGGAGAUCCAACCGGUAUAUCCCCCUGCCAACCACACCCAGUUUGCCAUGGCCUAUUAUGUUAUCAACUACUCCAAGCUUCGUAUUUGGGAGUUUGUGGAGUAUGACAAGAUGGUAUACUUGGACGGGGAUAUUCAAGUUUUCGAGAAUAUAGAUCACCUUUUUGAUUCCCCGAAUGGGUAUUUGUAUGCUGUCAUGGACUGUUUCUGUGAAAAGACAUGGGCUAACUCGCCUCAGUACAAGAUUGGAUACUGCCAGCAGUGCCCUGAGAAAGUUCACUGGCCAGCUAAGUUAGGCUCGCCACCUCCGCCUUACUUCAACGCCGGUAUGUUUGUGUUUGAGCCUAAUCCUUUUACCUACCAUGAUCUACUUCAGACCCUCAAGAUCACCACUCCAACUUCAUUUGCUGAGCAGGACUUCCUCAACAGUUUCUUCAGGAAUGUCUACAAGCCUAUCCCUCCUGUUUACAACCAUGUUUUGGCUAUGCUGUGGCGCCACCCUGAAAAUGUGGACCUCGACAAAGUCAAGGUUGUUCAUUAUUGUGCUGCGGGAUCAAAGCCUUGGAGGUACACUGGGGAGGAGGAGAACAUGCAAAGGGAAGAUAUCAAGGUUCUGGUGAAGAAGUGGUGGGAAAUAUACGAGGAUGAGUCGCUGGAUUACAAAAAUUGCAGGCCUGAGCAGGGUAACAUGAAACCUUUGGUUUCCACUCUGCCUGCAGCUAAUCCCCUUCUUCAGCAGGGAAACGGUAGCGCCCCAUCUGCAGCUUGA